CUCCCCACAUGGCACAAGCUGUAUAAAACAUGGGCAAUGUAGGGAAUCAGACAGACGUGCCUUGAACAGCGGGAAAAGCAACUACAGCAGAACUAAAGUGACGUGUUCCAACGCUGUGAUGUCGCUGAGUAUUCUGGCUCUCUGCCUGCUGGUUUGUAUUCACUCUGGCAUAAAUGCAUACCCAGCCAAACCUGCCAGUCCACGGCAAGGCGCGCCACCUGAGGAGCUUGCCAAAUAUUAUUCUGCACUAAGACACUACAUCAACCUCAUAACAAGACAGAGGUAUGGGAAACGAGACAGUCCUGAUACUGUAUUUUCUGAUGUGCUAGUGAGGGAGAGCACAGAAAGUGUUCCAGGAUCCAGCUAUAUCAGGUAUGAUGGGCUGCCAUUAUGGUGAUGCUGCUAGAGCUGUUACAUCCAGGUUGACUUUACCAUAACGCUGCCACUAUGACGUCUUUUACUGCCAUGAAUUUAACUUGUGUUGCAU